AUGACUACAGCCAAAACUGACUCAUUCAGUCAGGCGAUUCGUACGAAUGUGGCUCUGCUAAAAUUUUCCGGAACCAUUCCGAUGGACGAUGAUAUUCCCUCGAAGAAGCUCCUCAGCUACGGCUUGACCAUCAUUUCCGGCGCAGCUCUGAUACUUCACACUUCGGCCUACAUCUACGAUUUUGUUAUUCACGCGGCUUUUUUGGAGACAGCAAUCGAGUCCUUCGCCUUGAUAAUCUCCCUUUUCGGAGGACUUGUACGUUACCUGAUUGCCUACUGGUUGCGGGGAAAUAUGCAAGAAAUAUUACAGAUCCUUGACGAUCUCUGGAAAAGUGCGUCUGGCGAUGAACGUCGAUGUGUCAGUUCGCAAAUGAAAGGAGCAAAAAACCUCACCUUCUUCUUUCUGUCGCAGUGCAUAUUCACAAUAUUUUUUUACACAAUCGCGCCACUCUUCCUCAAUUUACACGACAGUAACUCAAACGUGACCAGAAUUUUACCCUACGCCUUUUUUUUCGAGGUAAAUCAGUCACCUUGCUACGAAAUUCUCUACUUCAUUCAGGUUUUUAGUAUGCUUAAUGUCGGCGUGACUUGUGUCGGCAUUGAUAUGGCUGGACCACUUUUGAUAGCAACCGUCUGCGGACACUUGAAAGUUAUCCAGAAUCGAUUCAGGAGUAUGGAACAGUCGAUGAAGAUUCGAAGGAAUUACAAGAGCGGUGAAAUCAUUCCUCGAAUCUGUAACCACUAUAACCAAGCAAUAGUAGAUCGAAGGCCAGAAAUACGAAUAAAUGAUACUGUGGAAACAUCGGUUUCGUCUGAACUUAAUUCUUGUCUUAAUUAUCACAGAAUCAUUUUCAAAAUAUGCAUGCACAUCGAACACUUAACAAACAUCAUAUUUCUCACACAACUUGUUGGGAGUACUUACAUCUUAUCAGCUGUCGGAUUUAAAUUGACAGGGAAUGACCAGGACAAAUUCAAGUACUCUUCGCAGAUUGUCAUCGGAGUAGUUCAACUCCUAAUAUGCAACUGGCCACCGGACGUCCUGAUGACAGAGAGCCAAGCAAUUGCAGACGCUGCUUACUUUGUCCCGUGGUAUCAGUGGCCAAGUGACCUUCAAAAAUCCAUUCAAAUUGUGAUUCUGCGAGCUCAAAAACCGAUCCGACUGACAGCUGGCAAAUUCAUGUACUUGUCUCUGGAAACUUUUGCAUCGAUGGUCUCAUCAGCAGUCUCUUUCUUCACGGUGCUAAGAUCAUUCAAUUAGGACAAAUGAUCGUAAUCGGCAAAUUCCAUACGUUGACGAAAAAAUAAUUUACUGAGCUUAUUUCAAUUCGAAUACAUAUCCUGUGGACACUUCCUAAUUUUUGAAUUUUUCUUUCCGCUUUUGUCAUUGCAGCACCAAUGUGAAACCCUGUCAAAUCUCGAUUACGAUAUUUGAUUAGCGAGUCUUUCAA